AUGGCAAGUGCUGAAGGCUUGCAUUUGACACUUGUUUUCUUCAACGCUUUCUUGUCUUUCACCGCCAUCGUAUUAAACAUCAUAACCAUGCAAGCGCUCAGAAAAACGUCGUCGUUGCCUAAGACUUUAAAAACAUUGCUACUAAGCCUGGCUGUGUCUGAUCUGGAUGUAGGCUUACUUGUCGAACCACUGUUUGUUGCAUUUCUUGUGAUGGAAAAAAACAGUACUGCUUAUUCUACAGUAAAGUUAGCGCGUUCAAUCCCGGCAAAAAUAUUGGUCUUUGCUUCGCAUUUUGGUGUUUCUGCAUUAGCUGUGGACAGAUUCUUGGCCAUUCAGCUUCAUCUCAGAUAUCAAGAGCUUGUGACCCACAAACGUGUUGUUGCUGUUGUGAUCUCACUCUGGGUGUUUAGUGCGUCAAUUUCCUUCCGAAGUCCUCGUAUUAUGCGAGCGGUCAUUGCACUUGUUUGUGUCAUAACUACAGGAUUGCUUUAUUGCAAGAUAUACGCUUCCGUGAGACACCACACAAAUCAGAUUCACGCUCUGCAAGUACAACCGGCGACACAGAAUGAAGAUAUGGCAAAUGCCGCAAGGCUGAAAAAAUCUUCACUGGCUACAUUCUACGUUUAUUUUGUGUAUUUACUUUGCUAUUUGCCAUUGUAUUGUGUUGUUUUUGCCCAGACCAAUGGUGAAACUCCCUUGUUAUCUCAUUUAUCUUAUUUCACAAGGACUCUUGUGUAUCUCAAUUCAUCCCUUAAUCCCUUGAUCUACUGCUGGAAGAUGAGACACAUUCGACAAACUGUUAUGGAUAUACUUCGAAAUAUUUUCGCGAUUUGUCCCCACUAAAGAAAGGAUCUAACUGAGAAUAACUUAAUCGGCCUUUUUCUCUCUGAGUGGUGAAAAUAUUAGCUUUCCAGCAAUACAAUUGGAAAAAUGACACUAAAUAUAAAAGGGAACUGAAACCGUCUUGUACUCUCUGUUUGAAGGCCAAGGGAUAAAUAUAUGAUCGAGUGAGUAUAAGUUCAUGAGAUUUCAGUUUGCUUUGAAAUAAUUAACAAAUAACGGGAAACUUUGAAAGUAUUAUUUAUCAAAGUCAGAAAGAGGGCAAAAAGAAAAAGCUGGGUGGUUUAGGACAAAUGACGAGUGACGUGAUAAAUAGAGGGCCGGGUUUCCAAAUUUUCAUGGGCAAAAAGUUCUUUGUACAGUAAAGUGUCUUAACAAGUUAACUAGAUUUUGUUAACCAUAGUGCAUCCAAUAAAGAAGACUAACUAAAGAGGAGAGAGAUCAAAACUAUGUCAAUAAAUCUUCCAUACUGAAUGUACCAAGAGUGGUGAAAAGAUUGACCGAUAUAACAACAACAACAACAACAACAACAACAACAACAACACAUAAUAAUUAUUAUUAUUAUAAAAAAAUAAGAAUAAUACUAAUAAGAAUAAUAAUGAUAAGAAGAACAACACGGCCUAUUUGUUGAGAGAGAAGAAAACUAGUAGGUUUAUACUGUUGAGAAUAUAUAUUACAAUACUUGUAAUUGAUUCAUAUCAAUAAAGUUCACGUGAAAAAGCUAAAAUGUUUUGAAGAAUGGUAAAAAUAUAUCAUUUAAUCAGGGUUUUUUUUUAAUUUGUUGAGUCCAGAAAUUACUGAAUAAGAUCACUACAUUUGAAAGUUUCAAACUGGGAAAGAAAGAGCUUCCCUGAGAGCGCAACCGAUCAGAACAAAUGAUAUAGCUUAUGACAUCAUAAUACUUUAAAAUACUAUAAUACGGAACCUGAGAGCAGACAUAAUAUGGCUCCAAUAUCAAUCAAAGUGCUUCUUGCUCUGAGAUUAAAAACUUAGAACCAUAUAAUGUUUGACGAAACAAUUAAGUACAAGGCCCAGGGUUGAACCUAAGUAAACAGUUUCCUCAUGUCCCAGUUCAACGACUUGCAAGCAACUCUCGGUACGUGCGUUUACAAUAUCGUUAAAACUUUGUACGAGACCGUACUUAAUGUUUCCGUAGGCAUUUAGAAAUACCGAGUCCAAAAAAAGUAAUUAUUGUAACCAAUGAUGUAUAACAGAACAACAGCGAUAACAACAUGAAAAUGAAAAAAAGAAAGAUUAAUGAAUCCAUAUUUCAAAUCUUUUUAAAACAGUAUUCUUAUCUCAAUACCGAUUCGUUAAUAAAUGAAAUGAAAAGAACUUAAACUUUUCUUUUGUUAAUAAAUGAAAUAUAAAGAAUUUAAAGUUUCAGUCUUGUUUCUAUUUAUGUGCUUGUGGCUUCACUGGCCUCUACAUCUACAUCUACAGCUACAUCUACAUCUACAUCUACAUCUACAAGGGUCCGUGCACACUUCGGCCAAUCUAAUUUUCUAUUUUUCCAACAUAAACGGAAAAAGGAAAUAUUACUUAUCGUUAUCAUAUUUACGUAUUUAAAAGUAGAGAAAAAAAAUAGAAAAAAAGAACAUGGUCAGGAAAAUUCAUCAUUUUUUCAUUUUCCUAAUUUUGAAGUCCGCUUCUUGAAAAAUUCAAAAAAUACUGUAAACGACGAAAAGCGAUAUUUUGCUAUUUUUUAUUUUCUUGAUAUUGUUAGAAAAUGAGAAAAAUGAAAUAAUCUCCGAUUCUUAACUCAUUUUUCUAUUUUUCCGCUUUUCGCAAAAAAUAGAAAAAAGGAAAAAUGAAAAAAUAAUAUUUAUUCCCACCACUUUUUCAUUUUUUCCAUUUUGUUCAAAAAAUGAAAAAAUAGAAAAAUAGAAUACCUAUCGCCUAAUUUUCCAUAAUUCCAUUUUAACGAGAAAAAUGAAAAUAUGAUAAGCGUUGCGAGCAAUUUUCCAUUUUUUUUUUUUGGAUGAAUAGAAAAACUUUAACGAUACACCCUUUCAGACAGUUUCAUUUUUCAUUUUAUUGAAAAAUGGCGCAGAAAAGUGAGAAGUUAUGAAUAUUUAAUGGUGAAGAAAGGAAAAACCUCGUUCGUAUCCACUAUCGACUCACUAAUUUGGUUAGAAGAUUUACACAGGGUCGGCGGAGAUGUGGGGGGGGCUUAGUUUUCGAGAUGCGGACGUAGUUCCAUUCUCUUUUGAUCUCGAUUUCCCCUGAAGGUUUGAGUUGUCGGGAGUCGACUGUGGUCGUGGAAAUGAAGAAUAUGAGAAAGGGUACGAGCGAGGAGGAGAAGGCGUGAAAAUUGGUACGGGAAAAGGGGGGGGGUUAACUCGACGGUUUUCAUGCCAGCAACACUAUGGUCCCAGCACAAAAAAAGCGGUUCGUGAGAGAUAUUAAGGGGAAAACAAGAAGGUCGUUGGACAGUCACAAGCACAAAAUAAAUAAAGAGCGCCCCAGUGAAGAGGUCAGACGUUUUUAAAUUAAAUAGUUGCUCAAAAGUAGACUGCUUAGCCUGCCGAAAUAACGGAUCUUGCCGCAGAACGGGUGUUUUAGGAUUGCAAGAGUAAAGUAUAUUGAACUAUUAUUAUGGAGGAGAAAAAUAACGAGGCGCCUAGUAUACACUCGCUGGAAAGAACAUCUUAAUGCUCUGGCCCAUACAUUUGCUCAUACAUGUGUUUAAACAUUGGAUAGCGACGAUCCACCGGAUAAAUCACUAUCCAGCGGCCUGAUCAUUUUUCAUGUAUUUUAGGGAAACCAAUUGCGUUAUCCACUGGAUAGUUAUCCACCUUUUAAGCAACUCAGCCCUGGAAAGAGGAGAGCAAAGAGAAAGUAUGGGGAAACGUCCCACAGUUUAAAUGCAACAGGAACACUUUAUGGUUACGAGGUGUUAGAUCAGGCCACAGAGUAAGUCCUAAGUAAUGAGGUAAAGGAAUCAGCUAAUCAAAUCCAAAACUGAAUGAAACUACGUUCGCAUUCCGAGAACUAAAGGACCCAAACCCACCCUCCCCAUCCCACGCCUCCGCCGACCCUGUGUAAAUCGUCUAACACUAAAACUAGUGAGUCUAAAGUGGAUUAGGUUUUUCUUUUCUUUAUUGGCAAAUGCUCAUGAUUUGUCAUUUUUAUUUGCUAUUUUUCAUUAAAACAAAAGAUGAAAAAUUGUCCGUUUUUGUUUGUUUGUUUGUUUUCUAUUUAUUGAAAAAAUGACAAAAUUGUUCGCAACACUUGUCAUUUUUUUUCAUUUUUCUUGUUAAAAUGGAAUUAUGGAAAAUUAGGCGACAGGUACGCUAUUUUUAUAUUUUUUUUUAUUUUUUGAACAAAAUGGAAAAAAUGAAAAAAUGGUGGGAAUAAAUAUUAUUUUUUCAUUUUUCCUUUUUUCUAUUUUUUGCGAAAAACGGAAAAAUAGAAAAAUGAGUUAGGAAUCGGAGAUUAUUUCAUUUUUCUCAUUUUCUAACAAUAUCAAGAAAAUAAAAAAUAGCAAAAUAUCGCUUUUCGUCGUUUACCGUAUUUUUUGAAUUUUUCAAGAACCGGACUUCAAAAUUAGGAAAAUGAAAAAAUGAUCAAUUUUCCUGACCAUUUUCUUUUUUUCUAUUUUUUUCUGUACUUUUAAAUAUGUCAAUAUGAUAACGAUAAGUAAUAUUUCCUUUUUCCGUUUUUGUUGGAAAAAUAGAAAAUUAGAUUGGCCGAAGUGUGCACGGACCUACAAGUCCCUCCUCUAGCCGCUUGUAAUUAUUGUAUUUUGAAUUCAUUAUAAAAUAAUUGUAAUUAAUCUCGUCUGUAAUUUUGUAAUUAUCGUAUGUCUUGCCGUAUCUUUACAUCAUUAGAAUAAUAUAUUUUGAAUUCAUUAUUGUAAUUAAUCACCCCACGGCCAUAAGUUGGCAAAUGAAAAAAUGAAAAAAAAAAGAAUCCUUAUUUCAAAUCUUUUUAAAACAGUAUUGUUAUCUCGAUAUACAUACGUUAAUGAGUGAAAUGAAAGGAAUUUAAAAUUUUCUUUUGUUAAUAAAUGAAAUAAAAAAAAAUUUAAAGUUCUUGUUUCUUGUUUCUAUUUAUGUGCUUGUGGUUUUGUUGGCCUCUAAAUCUACAUUUACAUCUGCAAGUUUUCUAUCCCUCCUCUAGCCGCUUGUAUUUAUUGUAUUUUGAAUUCAUUAUCAAAUAAUUGCAUAAUCUCUUCUGUAAUUUCGUAAUUAUUGUAUGUCUUGUAUCUUUAUAUCAUUAGAAUAAUAUAUUUUGAAUUCAUUAUUGUAAUUAAUCUCUAUAAUUUCGUAAUUAUAUUGUAUAUCGUUAUGUCAUUAGAAAAAUAUUGUAUAUUGGGUAAUAGACACGUCUCCAUACUACCUGCCUCGAUUAGCUCCGCUAUUUUGCAGGUAGUCUGUAUUUGUAAUUAUAAUUUAUUUAUUGUGAAUGUAUACAAAUAAAGUUUGUUGUAUGACAACAUCGUAUAUUUUCCACUAUUCUUAAACUAAAAUGUGUUUUCUCCUACACAUUGUUUUCCUGUUCUUUGGUUACGAGCGCUCUUUCAUAAUCAUGGAAGUUCCCCCACAAUUUCUAUUUCAAGGGAGGGGGGGAAGAAAAGUAUGCUCUGGUCAUUUAGCAACUUUUAACCGCAAAGAAAAACACAAGACAUACACACUUCAUACACACUGAAGUUUUUUUUUGGCCCACAAUGUAACUUCUGGGUCAACUAGCUAAAUGUGCCAGCCAAUAAAGACAAUAAUUAAAGUCUAAUGUUUUUACUACCUUCAUUUAGAAAAGGCUAUUCGAGUCAGGGAGGGGGCUGAGGCUAAUUAUUGUUACAUCAGUUUUAUCCAAAAAAACCAUUUUACCACUUCCUUACGUGUAUUUGUAUAAGAAGACAUUUUACAAGGAAAUAAGCGAGUUUUUUUGUUUAUUUGGUACGCAUUAAAUUGCUCGCAAUGAUAUUGUUUUCGAUACAUUUUCAAUAAAAUGAAAUUGAGAAAUAGUUGAUUGUCGUUUAAGGCAUACAUUGCGUUUUUGCAACAUGAUUACUCAUCGAAUUGCCACGUCGUGUUGGCUGGUGGCUACAAUGGAUAUUUUAAACACUCUGAUCAUUUGCUACUGAUUAAACUUUGACACACAAGACAGCAUGAUUUGUUUAAGUAACUACCUACUGUGUCUUUGUUUAACACCCAAGCUAGUAAGUUUUUUUUCAUGGAUAAUAAUUUUCUUAUCUAAACUCCUCCCUGUAACUAGUCGUAGAUCGUUUUUAUCAAAAGGUCUGCCUCAUAUUUUUUGCUUGACCAGUAGUACAUCGGAUUGGUCUCCGAUUUCUUUUUGUAUGAAUUUCUAUUAGCGAUUCAUUGCGACCAGCUGUUGUUAAUACAUUAAUAUUGCUUUAGUAGUUUCAAUCUCUUCGUUUUUGAUCAUGACCGACGAAAUUCAUCACUUAGUACAAAGUUCGACCUAUUCUCAUUCGUAUAAAAGCCGGCGCGUGACGAUUUAAUCAACUAGAUUAGUGUGUGCUCCCCCGCGAAGCAGUCUAUUGGUCCUUUACGGUCCCCAGGGAAAUUCCCUAGGCCUUUUAUACUCCCUAGCAAACAAAUUCACCGUCUUCUCGCAAGUCUACUCUACAACGGGCAAGCAAGUUUCCCCACCCUCCUCCCCUUCAGCGGCGCUGGCAAAUUUUCUCUAUCAGCCCACCUUAUGCCUUAUGCAAAAUUUUUCACCCAUAACUUAUCCAUCAAAAGGCAUAAGGUGGCUUUUAUGCGAAUGUGAAUUAGUUACUAUCGCGUUUCGGUUUAAAUGAAAAUAUAUUCAAAUUACUGUGUGAUGAGGACUUUAUAAAUUAUGAAUUACGGGCUCUGUUUUAAUGCUCUGCUCUUGUUUUAAUUCCAAACAAGGGAAUAUUUCGGAUGCUACGAGUACAACUUUAUGUGUCAAUGAAGGGGAGAAAGUAUCGUCUUGUUUAUUAAAUGCGCAUUAAAUUGCAAGCAAUGAUGAACUUUCUUUAUAUUAACCUAAAAAGCUGGAGAUAAAUAAAUAUGAUUCACGUUUUGAUAGCUGCCUCGGAUGAAUUUAAUACCACUAUCCAUUAAGUAAGUUAAUAAAGCAUAGUAUAUGGUCCUUGAUUACUUUCUUAAUAAAAUGAAAUUGAAACACACUUCUCGAGUUGAUUGUAGUUUAAGGCAUAUAUUACUUUUUUGGAAUAUGAUUACUCAUUGAAUUGCCUCCUGGUGUUGGCUGGUUUCAUUAAGCUGAGACUCAGACAAUGGGCCGGUGUUUUAGACGUUCUGAUCGUUUGCAGCUGAUCAAGUCUGACACAUAUAUGACCGAAUGAUUUUUUAAGUAACUACCCACUGUAUCUUUGUUUUAAAACCCCAGCUAGUAAGUUUUUUUAUAGGAAAUGUCUUUUUUUUCUGAACCCCCACUCCUAAGACUCGUCGUAAGUCGUAUUUAAUUAAAACUUGGGCGUUUUUUAUAGUUUUUACUUGAGUUCAGCAAACACGUUGGAUUGGUGUCCGACCUAAUAGUCAGCUUUUAACGCCUUCCAAACUAAAAUGUGGAUUUCCAAUUUGGAAAAAUCCAGAAGAGUAUUGGCAUUUGAUACUGAAAAACUUUGUGUUUCUGAAAGGUUUUCGCUAAUUAGAAGGAGAAAAAAUAGUGUUCAGUUGUGUCCACAACUGGCGCGCACAUAAGCGAGACUAACUACCUACUGUGCUGGUCUAUGUUUUAAAAGCUUGGCUAGUAAUUUUUUUUUUUACGGGGAACAAGUUCCUUCUCUCAUGUCAAGAGACUCGUUGUUUGUCAUAGUUACUAAAAAAAACGUGCGUUUGUUUCCCUUUAGUCCAGCAAACACGUAGGAUUGGUCUCAUACUUAAUAGUCUGCAUUUCCUCUAAACCAUUGCUUAACUCUUUUCUGUUUGACUUUGUGUUUACGAUUCACCACAAACCAGCUGCCAUUUCUACUUUGAUAUUGGGCCAAUAGUUUCGAAUAACUCACUUCCAUUUGACUGACGAACUUUAUCCUGAUACAAUUAAAGAAUUAUAAUACAAAAAUAUUUUCAGCCUAAAAUCGGCAGAAAAAACAUAAUAUUCAGCCUGUGUGUUUUAAACUGAAGAAACUGAACCUAUAUAAUACGACUUGCAUCUUAUUAGUUGCUCUAAUUAUUAAGGAACAGAUGAUUUAUUAAGUGACUAGGGUGCUGUAUCUUUAGGCUGCCUCACACUCUUUAAGUCACCCGUAAACAUGCAAUUUAUCAGAAAAUGUGUUCAUGGGUCCAGCAAAUACUGUUGGAUUGGUUUUCGACGUAAAAAUUUCGUUUUCCUCUCAAGUCACCUCUCAGCUCGUUCUGUCUGACUGUAUGUUUGCGAUUCAUGAUUGAAAACCAACUUUUUUUUGCUUAUUUAAUAUUGCAUCAGUAGUUUCAUAUAACUUCCUUCCUUUUUAGCUGACGAACUUCAACAUUUAUACGACCUAUUGCGUUUCGCUUGAAAGAAAAUUAAUACUAAUUACUGUGUGAUGAUAACGUUACAUUUAAAGUUUCAACUCCGGGUUCAGACAUGCAAAGUUUCAAUUUCAAGCAAGGUGAGAGUUUGGAUAUUGUGAGCACGACUUAGGGACUUUUUUUACUAACUCCACAGUUCUCAGUUAAAAACCAAUUGCCAUCGGAAGAGGAAGUCUGGAGAAUAUUCAGUAAGUCUCGCAAAGAGUAAUUUCCAGCGUCAGUCUCGUGCAAAAAAGAAAAAAAUUGCAGAGUUCAGGGGCACCCAACGACAAUUUUCGGAAAAUAUCUGUUCGGAAGACGAUUUGAGAUCUAGAAUUUUCGGAACAUUUGUUGUAAAAUUUUUUGCUUGCCUAGCUCUCCUAGGAUUUUCGAACAUCUAAAAGGUACUAUAAUUGCCCAUUUUUAACGGAUUUUUACCCUUAAAAGGUCACCUAGAAUUUUCGGGAGCCUUUUUUCUGGCUGAAAAUUUCGAACAGGUAAGUUUUGAUCCCUAUAAUUUUCGGAUCACUAGACUUUCAGCUAGGAAGUCCGAACAGAUGAAAAAUUUAUAGGGGAUAAAAAUAUGCCCAUAUCCAGCGUUUAAAUACUAAAACACGUUUAACAAUGCUAUGUUUAAGUGGUUUUGAACUAUAUUCUCGUUGGGUGCCCCUGAGAGUUCCUCAAAAGUACAGCUGCUGAAACUUAAGACUGUAUAUAACGCUCCAUUCAAUGGUGGAAGCUGAAGAUCAGUCUCAUUCAAAAACGGAUGAAACCUAGAAAGCAAUGAAAUUCAGAUCUUUACGUAUUAUAGAAACUGAACGCUGAUUAGGGCUAUGUAAACAAAAAAAAAAAAAAAGAUGGCGAGUGCGGAAGGCUUGAAUUUGACAUUUGUUUUCUUCAACGCUUUCUUGUCUUUCACCGCCAUCGUAUUAAACAUCAUAACCAUGCAAGCGCUCAGAAAAACGUCGUCGUUGCCUAAGACUUUAAAAACAUUGCUACUAAGCUUGGCUGUGUCUGAUCUGGGUGUAGGCUUACUUGUCCAUCCACUGUAUGUUGCAACUCUUGUGAUAGAAAAAAACAGUACUGCUUAUUCUACAGUAGAGUUAGCGCGUUCAAUCCAGGCAAAAAUAUUGGUCUUUGCUUCGAAUUUUGGUGUUUUUGCAUUAGCUGUGGACAGAUUCUUGGCCAUUCAUCUUCAUCUCAGAUAUCAGGAGCUUGUGACUCACAAACGAGUUGUUGCUGUUGUGAUCUCAGUCUGGGUGUUUAGUGCAUCAAUUUCCUAUCCAAGUCAUCGUAUUAUGCGAGCGGUCAUUGUAGUUGUUUGUGUCACAACUACAGGAUUGCUUUAUUGCAAGAUAUACGCUUCCGUCAGACACCACACAAAUCAGAUUCACGCUCUGCAAGUGCAACAGGCGACACAGAAUGAAGAUAUGACAAAUGCAGCAAGGCUGAAAAAAUCUUCACUGGCUACAUUCUACGUUUAUUUCGUGUACUUAGUUUGCUAUUUGCCACUUUCUUGUUAUCUUUUUGCUAAGACCGUCAACGGUGAAACUCCCUUGUUAUCUCAUUUAUUGUAUUUCACAAGGACACUUGUGUUUCUCAAUUCAUCCCUCAAUCCCUUGAUCUACUGCUGGAAGAUGAGACACAUUCGACAAACUGUUAUGGAUAUACUUCGAAAUAUUUUCGCGAUUUGUCCCCGCUAAAGAAAG